GGUCCUCGCCUUGCAGAGGAGCGCGCGGCUCAUCCCACUCAGAAGGUGGGCGGCGACCCACCCGGUUAGGAUUCGUCCAGUCCCUCCUCGCACGCUGUGACUUCCCGGGGACGUGGGAGGCACCCAGGGCGCGCGGACCGAAGUGCGCUGAGUUCGCACUACCUCUCCCAGUGACAGCAGAGAGCACCCAACUGCCAGCCGCCGGGAAACAACGGAAAGAGAGCGCGCUCGCCCUGCAGACUGCUUUCCACCCCUGCAAGAACCGGGAGGGGAAAGGAGCUGCUGACCUCCGGGAGGUGGCAGCGCGGGGGCGCUGGAAGAGCAGAGCUCUUCGCGCCCUGCGGCCGGGGGCCCGGCUGAAAGCCCGCAGGGCGCCCGCGCCCCGGCCAGCGUAGAGGCUGGAAGCAACAGGUGCCACCCGUAGCCACUCUAGGAGCGUGAGCCCACCGGCAGCAAGGUUUACGAGGCGGUAAGGCCACCCGAGGGAUCUCUUCUCCCUUCUCCGCGACAGAGCGGUGAGUCCAUCCACGCUCGCGGCUCCGUGGCUGCGCAGCCGGCGAAGGCGCCGGGGCAGAGGUCUCCCAGCACUCCCCGACCGCCGCCCGCGUCCCGCGUCCCGCGAGGUCCACUUCCCGCUCCCGCCCCGCAACAGAGACGGUGUCAUUGGGCUCGGUCGCCCCGGGCCGCGUUCAUCAGGAGGCUCUCCCUGCCCGGGGCUAGGGCUCCGCGUCUGCUGACCGUGCGCCCUCCCCAGGUGCCCCCUGCCCGCGCCCGGGGCGCACCCGCGGGCCAUGGAGCUGGCGGCGGCGGGGAACCUGAGCGAGGGGAACGCGACGGGGCCCGAGCCCGGCAGCCGCGAGCCGAGGCCGCUUUUCGGCAUAGGCGUCGAGAACUUCAUCACGCUGGUGGCGUUUGGCCUCAUCUUCGCGCUGGGAGUGCUGGGCAACAGCCUGGUAAUCACCGUGCUGGCGCGCAGCAAGCCGGGCAAGCCGCGCAGCACCACCAACCUGUUCAUCCUCAACCUGAGCAUCGCCGACCUGGCCUACCUGCUCUUCUGCAUCCCCUUCCAGGCCACGGUGUACGCCUUGCCCACCUGGGUGCUGGGUGCCUUCAUCUGCAAGUUCAUCCACUACUUCUUCACCGUCUCCAUGCUGGUCAGCAUCUUCACCCUGGCCGCGAUGUCCGUGGACCGCUACGUGGCCAUCGUGCACUCGCGGCGCUCCUCCUCGCUGCGGGUGUCCCGCAACGCACUGCUGGGCGUGGGCCUCAUCUGGGUGCUGUCCAUCACCAUGGCCUCGCCGGUCGCCUACCACCAGCGCCUCUUCCACCGCAACGUCAGCAACCAGACCUUCUGCUGGGAGCUGUGGCCCAACCAGCGCCACAAGAAGGCCUACGUGGUGUGCACCUUCGUCUUCGGCUACCUGCUGCCGCUGCUGCUCAUCUGCUUCUGCUACGCCAAGGUCCUCAAUCAUUUGCACAAGAAGUUGAAGAACAUGUCAAAGAAGUCAGAAGCAUCCAAGAAAAAGACAGCCCAGACCGUCCUGGUUGUGGUCGUGGUUUUUGGAAUUUCCUGGCUACCACACCAUAUCAUCCAUCUCUGGGCUGAAUUUGGAGUCUUCCCACUGACCCCCGCCUCCUUCUUCUUCAGAAUCACGGCGCACUGCCUGGCGUACAGCAACUCCUCCGUGAACCCCAUCAUCUACGCGUUUCUCUCGGAGAACUUCAGGAAGGCCUACAAGCAGGUGUUCAGGUGCCACCUGCGCCAUGAGUCACCUCUCAGUGAUGCUAAAGAGAACAAAAGUCGAGUAGAUACCCCUCCAUCCACCAACUGCACUCACGUGUGAAAUCAGAUGUAGUAGAGUGUUCCCAAACUUGAGUCUCCGUAAAUGAGGACCAGAUACACACACACACACACAUGCACACACGUACAAUGAGCUACAAAGUCAGACUGCAGUUUGUUACCCCAACAGUAAUUCAUAUCAUUUUCAUUAAUUUCCGUGGUGUUAGAAAGUAUUUCUCCAUUUUGGAAAUUCCUAGGUUUAGUGAAGGUUAUUAUUUUUAUUUUUAGGGAAACUGAUUUAUAUUUUAAUUCCAAAUUAUAUUUCAGAAACAAAAGAAAAGGCUACAUAAUUUUAUAUAUCUUACAGAAGAAGGUUUAAUAGAAUUCUAUAGAUAUGUUUAAUUCUUCAUGGAAUAAGUAUCAGCCUCAUAAAUACGGUCAGGAAUAUUUGCAAUCUACAUUUGAGGCAAAUUUAUUUAGAAAUAAUUUAUAUUUUAAUUCUUCGAUUUUAAGAGAAGUGGUGAUAUUGUAAGGUAUGUGUUUUAAAGUCUGGUCAUGAACGUACCAUGAAUGUUUCACCUGAAUUUUAUUUUACUUUUUGGCCAUCUAUAUAGAGACACCAUCUAUUAAGUGGAAAAAAAGAUUUUCUUGAGUUUAUUUGCAUGGAUCACAGCCGCUUCCAAUUGUAAAUAGUGUACAGCAUUUCUGAAGACGUGCUGCUUUUGUCAGUGACUGAGAGGUGGCCAAAGUUCCUUACAGCAGGUAAACACAGUUUUGACUUGACUCUGGGGUCUUAGCAGUUGGCGUUAUAAGUUAACACUGUCCCGGAGAUCUAGGCUUUCUAGAUCUAACUAAAUAAAAUCAGAACGAAAGCACGAAGUACAACUCUUCUCAUAACGGAUGCUGUAGAUGAGUUUUGAAGAACAAAACUGGGCAUUAAGAUUUUAUAUAUGUGCUUUGCCAAGGUAUUAGCUAUUCCUUGAAUAAAACCUACUCCAAAGAGAGAAUUUUAAAAAAUGGUGAAAAUGAGGUAUAGAUCAUUUCUACAGGGGUGAAGAUUAGCCAGCACGUAGUAAGUCACGUACAGUGAUGCUCACACCAUAUGGUUAAAGCAUAGUAAAUGUCUGACUCAGAUAAUGCUUGAAGAAAUCCGAAACAAUAAUGAGUAUAUCUCGCAAUGUCCUAUCUUAUACACACGUGAGCUUGAAUCAGUAAAUCUGUAACUUUUAAUGUGCAUUUUCUCCAAAUGUUAUUCCCUCUGGAAAUGUUAAU